CAAAAUCGGUCCCUGUCUUUGUCGCCAGUUUUCUUGUCCAUUCGUGGGGUUGGGACACGCAAGGUGACCCCGAGCGAUCAUCUCCUUGGUCAUCUAUUGGUUGUGGUGGGUUUCUUGACGUCUGUGGUCGUUGUGUAAACCAGGGACGAAGAAGAAGCACCGUGAGCUAAUCACAGGUACCACUCCAAUGGCAUCAACGACGAUGGCUACCCACACACCGAUCAUGUCUGCCGCCACCACAAUCACCCCCACUAGUCCAAGACCUUCUCUGUCCUUGGACGUUCAACACCCUCGGCCUAGCAUAAGCACGCUCUUACCAGACCGCACUCAUUCACAAUCCAGUAGACGUGUCUCCUCUGAAUCGCAGCGCACCUCACAUGGCAGAGCAUCCCCCUCCCCUAGAAGCACAUCGCGUCGCACACCCGUCCCCGCCCUCCUCGAUUCCUUCCCUAUUCCACCGAGUCAUAUCCCUCCCUCACCAGCUACGCCCGUCAGUCCAUCCAUUCCCGGCUCAUUUUUUGGACCUUCCUCUUCAACUCCCGGUCCUUCCGGUACCCAUCCCCCACUAACAUCACCCCCUCCUGCACCUCUUCCUCCUGUUCCAGGUCCUUCGUCGGUAUUGCUUUCGGAUCUGUUGAUGACUCGUCGGUCACUUCAAACGGCUCGGCCCGCUUCUCCUGCCGGUGUCUCUGAAAACCCUCCGAGGAAGUCUGCUGACGGGCAGGGGAGGCCGAGGAAGGGCUCGCUUUCUUCCCUUCGGAACACUGCUUACUGUGCCGUGACACAUGACCGAGGUCAAGGCGAGGUCAUCCAGGAGGACCCUGGUGUCGAAGGUGAACACGGUUCUCAGUGUCCGCCACAAUCGGCGCCAGCUCGUGCGCUGUCGCCGCCUGCGUCUGUGACUCCAUCGUCUCCCCCGAGCAUAACUCCCCUCGGUGCAGGGGAUGAAUCUACCAAAUUAGUUCUUCCCCUUGAAACCACCGUUACCUUGGUGCCAGCGAUUGCUCGUCCGAGUGCAUCCCGUAAACCCAGUGCAGGCACGUCCAUGCCGCUAUCGGAUAACACAUAUGGCGAGGACUCGAUUGCGAGUAUCGACAUGAGCGAUCUAAGUGCGCUCAAGUCAGAUAACGAGGGUGAUGGCGACGAAUUACGGACAUGUCUUUCCUUUCCCCCUGUUCCCCCUAUUCCCCAUUCCGUAGGGUCAGGUAAGAGAGGGCCACUCUACGCCCAUACCCCCCGUAAGCCGAGCAAGGCAUCUAUCUCGUCUGUACACGUGUUCCCCAUUUCUCCCACUGACCGGAAUGCAAUGCGUCACGUUGGCGACGUCGACAAGAACGACAAUGGCGAACAAAACCGUGCUGAUGCACAUAACGAUAUCGAUCGUAAUGACGCGCAGUUCCGUUCACGUUCGACCUCUCCCGACCUAUCGCAAAUUAUUUCACUGACUCCUCGUCCACGUAAACGGUCGACGCCGUCGCACCCAAGAUCCCGGACAUCAAGCUUAGGGAGGGAGAGAGCGCUGAGUGUGAGAAGCAGGAAAAGUUCAGAUGCCCUGCCACCUCCUGUGCCGAAGUUGAGUCCUACGCGCACGAGGACUGGCUGGGGUAACUUCGGCGCCCGUGGGGAAGGUCAGCCCGAGGGGGAGACGGGUGCAGUACUUGGUGAAGACGACGAUGCGUAUGGUUCGGACUCGAGUAUCGAUCUGCAUACACCCUUGCCUCAUCUCAUGCUACGGCACGGUAUGCUCUCCCCCAAUUCGAAAUUGCUCCCGCAGCCUAGCGUUGACUCUCUGAACCGGAUGAGCAUGGUCUCUGACGUGUCGAAUCUGUCUUACUUCUCCAAUGCUUCCAACGUGUCGCUCGCCAGUACGUCGUCCAAGCAUCCCAAGGAUUCGAGAGACACGCCCAGGAGACGCACGAGGCACCGCGAUGGGAAGUUGCUCAAGGGUGGUAUUGGCCUCACCACCGGUCUAGGAUGGAGCGAUAGUGAAGACGAAGACGCACCCUCCCCACUGACACGCAGGCUAUCUCGGAUUGUCCUCUCUCGCAGUACAUCCGCCUCUUCGUUUCACUCUUCCAGGUCUUCCCAUUCGCAACCGUGCUUGCCGCAUCCACUGUCCCGCUCGAUAUCUCACAGCGUCCUACGCGAAGCAGACGAGUACGAAGGAGCGGGAGAGUCCGUUGCCGACUGCAUUCCUUCCACCAUCGAUGAGUUUGGCCACUCCAGUGGGGUCACAUCGCGGAGUUUGCCAUCGAGGAGCGGCAGCAGGGCAGGCACCGUGAGCAUCAGUCGCUCGGGCAGCACGUACAGUACCACUUCGGGGUCUGGCUCCAGGUAUAGCAAUUACUCCACGAUGUCUGCUCCUGCUGCUGGUUUGCGUAUGCGUACGAAUUCGUCGUCAAGUUCUUAUGAACCUGUGGGCCGGACGAACAGUUUUUCCCGCGAGAAUGGGUACGGACUUCACGGGUUGGCGGUGAGUAUUCCGGAGCAGGAUGACGGUGUGACGCCUACGCGUGCUGCGUUUGACCGCGCAAGUUUGGGUGCUGUUAAAGGUGGUAGUGGAAAUGGCACCCAAGGAGGAGACCAACCCCAUACGCCAAGUAGCACUACCUCGUCAACUAGCUUGUCUUUCCCUGCUACACCGGAGAGCACAGACGGUGUUCAGCCUCAGCAUAUCGACGACAGAAAAAGUGGACACGGAGGCGAAGCGACCCCGAGCGCGGUUGCGUGGAACAAGGACAAGAGUCUUCCGCCUCUUCCCUACCCCGCGGUUACUACUGCCAAUAGCAAUAGUGCUUCGUCAAAGGGCAAGUAUCCGCCUUCUCUUGGCCUCAGAGCACCAAGCGUGGUACAGCGCCCACGAACGUACUCUAAUUCAUCUUCCGUGUCGACGAAAUCGGCUCUGGCGGCGUCAAAUGCUGAUGGUAAUACAUCGAGAGGCCCUUCCCCUGCACCAAUAAAUGCGCCUGCUACACCCUCGGCCGGAGGCACAUCGAUACCUCGUCCCUCACUUGGGAUACCGCGGCCAUCGUUGUCAACAAUCUCUCCAGCCUCGAAAUCUCGACCAUCUCUCACGCUCCCGUCCUCGGCGCCUAUAUCUACUGCGACAUCACCUUUGGCUACAUCGCCUGUGACCAACGGUUCUAUGGCAGGGAUCAGUCAGGGGCAAUCGCCACGCCCUCUUAGACUUGUCCCUUCGAGAUCUGCCACACCGUCAUCCGACCCGAUACGUUCACAGUCCCCUUUCUUGUCACGGAUGCCUAACCGUAACGUCAAGAAGGCCUUACAGCCUGGCGAGCAACUUCCCCGACCCGGGCAAAUCCUCACCUAUAACAGGAAUGUACAUGACCAGCUCAAGCUACGGUCCCUCUCGACUAGCUCAGGUGUCUCGAAUGCAAAGAUUGGGCCUGUGUCACCGGGAGGUACACAGACGCUCUUAUUGGCUUCUCAAAGUGAAACCAGUGGUCUCGGUAUUUCACCUGGAUCGAGUCCCCUUUCCAGCCCUGUUACCGGAGAAAGUCCGAAACCAAAGCCAAGAACGGGUACGGGAAUGACGUAUCGGACGAAUGGUACAAGCAGGAUGAGGAUGCCGUCGACCACUUCACGGUAGAGGCUUGACAAAUGUGAGUUGAGUAAGCUCAGGGUAGCAUGGUGCGGCGGUGUACAUGAUAAUGAUGUGGUGGCAUAUUGUCUAGUAGUGGGUUGGAGAGAUUGUACGGGUGGCCUGCUGGGCUUGUGUGCGAAGAUCAACUCCUACGUCGGUUCCUCUCUUGUGCCCCUCUUAUGCGCGAUGCGGCCGGCGGAGAUG